CCUGGCUGCCGCCUCCGCGGUGCGCUGCGCCACGACACCGCGCCACACUCGCGUUUGUUUACACGCCGGACAGCUGCAGCGCGCACUUGUUGCUCGCGCCAGCCGCUCGCUCCGCAAGCGCCGCCGCCAUGAGGAAGUACGUCGUUACGUCCGGACCUGCCAGAGGCAGCAGCUGCCAGCAGCAACAGCAGCAGUCGCAGACGUCGCUUCACGGCAAUGGCUCCGUUCUCAACUGCGAACAGCAUGCGGCGACAGAGGUCAGCGCCGAGCAGGUGUCGGCUUUCCUGCGGACGCACUCGGACUUCCUGGAGCGCUACGUGCUGGAGGAGGUGGAGCUGGAACAGCUGGAACGCUGGAUGAUCCGCAGCACGCAGCGCGCCAAGGCGCGGGCCGACCCCUCCAACCAGGCCAGUAAAAACGGGAGAAAGACCAGUCUCUCACGAUGGAAGUUCUGCGUGCACGCGGACAAGCGGCAGAUGCUGCAGGAGCUGACGCGGUCGCUGCAGCAGCGGCCCACCAAGGGCCACGUGCUGUGGGAGCUGGCCGGCUGCAUCUGCUCCGCCGUGGGCGCCGACGGCUACCGCCUCUAUCUUGCAGACCGCGGCGACCCCGACCUGCUGGGCCUCUACCUGGGACAGGACGACAGGAGCGAGAGCGGCGAGCCCAAGGUGCAGAGGCUGGCGGCGGGCCCCGCCGCGCCGACGUUCGUGGCGAAAGCCAGGGAGCCGCUGCGGCUGUCGCGCGGCGAACACGACCCGCGCUUCCCCGACGGCUUCCCCCUCAAGGGCCAGAACGACGUGGGCCACGUGCUGUACCAGCCGGUGCUGCAGCCGGACGGGCAGCUGGUGGCCGUGCUGGAGAUGUGGCGCUCGCUGCCGGGGUUGGCCUUCCACGAGGAGGACGAGGAGAUCGCCUCCAGCUACCUGGUCUGGGGCGGCAUCGCGCUCCACUACGCACAGCUCUACCUCUCCAUGAACAAGCAGCGCAAGCUCAACGACUUCCUGCUCGCCGUCGUCAAAUCCAUCUUCCAGGACAUGGUGAGCAUGGACGCGCUGGUGAUGAAGAUCAUGAACUUCGCGCAGCGCCUGGUGGACGCGGACCGCGCCUCGCUCUUCCUGGUGGACAGCAAGAGCAAGGAGCUGUACGCUCGGAUCUUCGACGUCGGCGUCUCCAGCGGCGACGAGGACGGCGACAGCAACCUCUCCGACUCGGGCGACUCCGUGCUCAAACCGCCGGCGUCCAAGGAGAUCAGGUUCCCCGUCGGCACGGGCAUCGCCGGCCAGGUGGCGCUCACGGGGGAGGUGCUCAACAUCGCCGACGCCUACUCGGACCCACGCUUCAACCGCACCGUCGACCAGAUCACCGGCUACCACACGCGCUCCAUCCUCUGCAUGCCCAUCUUCAUCCGCGGCAACAUCAUCGGUGUCGUCCAGAUGGUCAACAAGCACACCGGAACCUUCACCAAGGAGGACGAGGAGGCGUUCGAGAUGUUCGCGGUGUACUGCGGGCUGGCGCUGCACCACGCCAAGCUGUACGACAAGAUCGCGCGCUCCGAGCAGAAGUACCGCGUGGCGCUCGAGGUGCUCAGCUACCACAACACGUGCGGCGAGGCCGAGGUGCAGCAGGUGCGCGAGCGCGGCAUCCCGGACGCCAUGCCCGGCGUCGACGAUUAUUAUUUCAACGUGUUCAAGCUGGAUGACUACGAGAAGGCGCGCCACGCUAUAUUCAUGUUCAAAGACCUGUUCGGGCUGUCUUCGUUCGAUUGCGAUAGCCUCAUCAGAUUCACGCUGACCGUCCGGAAGAAUUAUCGCCGUGUGCCCUACCACAACUGGACUCACGGCUUCUCUGUCGCAAACUCAAUGUACUCCAUCCUGAAGCACUCGAGGGCUGCCUUCAAGCACAACGAGUGUCUCGCCCUGUACAUUGCUUCGCUGUGCCAUGACUUGGAUCAUCGUGGGAAAAAUAACAAGUUUAUGUUGGACACAGAAUCGCCGUUAGCUGCCAUCUACAGUACGUCCACCAUGGAACAUCAUCAUUUUAAUCAAACAGUUACCAUUUUGCAGCAGAAAGGCCACAAUAUAUUCUGCAAGCUGUCCAACAGUGAUUACAAGCAAGUGUUGAGCCUCAUGAAGCACUGCAUACUUGCAACAGACCUCGCUGUCUUCUUCCCUAACAGAACAAGGCUAUCGGAAAUUGUAGCCGAUCAGACAUUUUCUUGGACCAACAUGGAGCACAGGUUACUACUGCAGGCCAUUGCUAUGACGGCUAGCGACCUCUCAGCUAGUGCGAAGCCGUGGGAUCUACAAGUGGAGACUGUUAAAGUCAUUUUCGAGGAGUUUUAUGAGCAGGGCGAUGCUGAGAAGUUGGCGGGCCAAAUGCCCGCCCCUCUCAUGGAUCGCGACAAGAAAUGUGACCUUGCAGAAAUUCAGGUGGGAUUCCUGACCAGCAUCUGUAUACCAUGCUACUCCUUAUUGCACCAAUUGAUACCAGAGACGAAACCAUUACUUGACCAAUGUCACGCCAAUUUGGCAAGAUGGCGAAAGAUUGAUGAAGAGGAUAAAUUACGUCGGGCGAAAGGUCUUCUGCAGCCAGUAAAUGAUAUUCUUCAAGGUCUCGCUUCUCAGGCAGCACCACCACCCCUUGCAAAUGACGAAAUGACGAGCGAAAAUAGCGAUACUACCAACAAUACCUGAAGUGUAUGAUCAGUAGAAUACUGUAUGACGCCCAUCAGAUGAGUCAUGCCAACAAACAAACAAUACUAAAGAAACAUCUUCAUCUUUCCAUGGUAAAUAAACUGUAAUGAUGUCCUGAAUGUGGGCUUGAAUCUAUAAUUUUCUUUUGUGAUGUUGCACUUCACGUAUUUGGAUAUGAAAAGAAGUAUAACACAUUCAAAUAACUGAACUUCUACACAAUUUUCACGUUCUGUGCUAUAUAGUGUUUGUCAUUAAAAAUAGUGUGGAGAACGACAUGUAUUUAAAAACCUAAAAUUUCUGCAAAAAGGAAAAACACAUAUUUAAUAUUAUUAAAUCAUUGUUCUAGUCAUAUAUAGCUAAAUCAGCUAACCCACCCAAAUAAUAUGAAGUAUAAUCUUCCAAUUACACAAAUAGAUUCUAUGAUGUUGUCUUGAUUGAGAAUGAUGUUGCAUUCUGAGGUAUGAGACAUGCUGACUAUCAAACUCGUUAAGUUCCUGUUUGUAAACAGCCAAAUAUCUGCUGAAAUGGGGCCUCAUUUUUCAUGUCAGUUAUUUAUUUCAUAUCUAAGUAGUCUUUAUAUUAAAAACACUAAUUACACUUCAUGGCUGUUCAUGAACAAGUGUGUCAUGUUAUAGGAUCUUCAUAUUUUAUGUGAACUGCUAUAGUUUUAUCCUAAAAGGAAACUAUAUCCCUCAGUGACAUUUUCCAGGUUGCAUUGCUUUGCAAACCGCAAAAUAAUGUUUCCAUCAGUGGUAAUACCACAAUUUUAUUCACGCCGAUCAGAAGUGGCACACAUGUUUCACUUUUUAGCCAACUUUCUUGUAUUUACAUUGUACCUUGGUUUUUAGUAAGUUUAUUAGCUUUUUUGUAUAUUUUAACUAUUUGUUACUUCAGUUUCUGCAAACAAUACACCACUUACAGAAUUUCAUUUUCAUUACUUUUCAAUCAUAAAUUUCAAAUAAGUGCUCAUAUAUUAUCUGCAUUUCUUAGACAAAAGACUAAAUAAUUGAGUCAGAUUUUAUUGGCAGAAAUUUUUGAUUGAUUAUGAAAAAAAUACUAUUGUUUCAUUCUCCCUAUCAUAAUUCAGUUCUAUUGAAGAUAUAUUGAUUUUGCUCAUCAAAAAUAAAUUUUCGUCAGUGAGCCUGUUGUAUUCUUAUGUAUAUCUUUUGCAGAUCUCCUCUUUUAGUGAUCUACAAUAAUGAACAAGUAUAAUAUUUUUUUUAAUAUUUACUUACUCCUCUUUCUUGAAUGAGUUGGCCUCUUGUGUGCACAGUCUAACAUUACAAGAAACUACCCUGUUAUUUCUUUCACAUAUUUAGUUCUUUACUUUUAGUAAUGUUCACAACCCACUGUAUAACAUUAUGGUAUACAUUAUAAGUUUUUUUUUGACUGAGGACUGAUAUUGUUAAAUGGCAGAUUUAUAUACCACAGAUUGCACAAUACGUGCAACUGUGUUUUGUAACCCUUGAGUAAAAUCUUGUCGCAUCCUGAUGCCAUGUAUAAAUCUGAAGUAAGGAGAGAAUAUAAUAUACUUUUCGAUUCCACAUAUUAUUUUAUUUUUCAUAAUUAUGUAUCCCCUGUAACUUAUGUUUAAUGACAGGCUCAAAUAUGACAUUAGGUAAGAUUUCUUUGUCUUUUCAGAAUGUAGACUGCUAUUUCAAGCCACACACAUUUCUAGUAACCGUUAGUAUCUGAGUUAAAAUAUGAUUUAACUACUACCUGGAAUAUCUAUGUGAAUCUGAAACUAAACUAAUGUGUAUGUCUUAUGAGAUUUUUAUAGAAAAAAUUGUAAUAAUGGAAAACUGUUUUACUUCAGUUAUUAUCAUAACCAAUGAGAACUGCAUAUCCAAAUACAGUAAAUAAAUUAAUGUUAUAUGUUGUUAUAUUUACAUAAUAUAAAAUCAGCUGUAAAACAAUUAGAGAUAAAUUUUCCUAUCAUAGACCCUAUAAUAAUUAAAAUAAUUCCCCCUCAAUUGGAAAACAUCCAUAUUGUGAGUAAAUGUGAAUAUACAUUUCUGUACAUAAGAGAACAUCAGACAUCAGAAAAUGUGUUUGUAAAUAUUGAUAUAGCACUAGUCAGAUGAUUUGAGUAGUAUGUGAUCUAAAAUGUAAGUAUUGAUAAACCUUCCAAUAGAUCUGUUUUGAUUUAAAUCAAACUAUUUCUGUGUUGAAUAACUUGUACUAGUUUUAUGUACUUAUAUUUUAUACUAGCUGUAAUCUCUAAAGGGGACUCACAAGGUCCAGAAUGUACUAUCUGUCUAUUUUCAUACACGUACUUUAUAAUCUAUAAUGGAACUACAUAUCACAGUGUCUGGUACACUUGUUUUUAUCCUCCUAAAGUAUCUACCUCAGAAAAAUAAGGCUUCAUGUGCCUCUAUGCCACUUUGUUGCCCACCCAGUGAUUUUAAUCAUUUGACUACUGUAACCAUCUCUUACAGGUAUAAAUUUUAGGCUGUUUCUGUAUACUUUAUGUUGUUGUCAUUUUAAUCAAACAAGGAUUACAAAUUUCUCUCUGAAUUUAGUUUUUAUCACAGCAGUAUGAUAUCUGAUCCACAUUGAGAAUUAAAUUAUCUUAUUUAAAAUGAAUUUAGUUUUUCAUCACAGCAGUACAAUAUCUGCUUCACAGUGAGAGUUAAAUUACCUUAUUUAAAAUGUAUGUUUAUAAUGAACAGUUUUAAUGAUAUGAUGUCAUUCAGUACCAUAUCCUUGUUCAGGAUGUAGUAACUGUAUAUUGUCUGACGCAAUUACAACCUGUAAACAUUUUUAUAUUACGCUGUCACUUUUUGUAGUGAUGUAAUUUCCAUGAAACAUGUACUAAUGGUCUCUGAUGAGUUUGUAACUUCACUGUUCCAAAUGCAGUUAUAUUUCUUUAUUUUUUUUUACUUUUCUAAAAUGUUUAUAACUUCUAUGUCCAAUACACACUUUUUCUAAUUAUGUUUGUGAUUCAAAUUAUCUCCAGAUUUUAAAGUCGCACUUCCUAAAAUGAUUGCAUGUGGCUUAUUACCAUCCUUUUCUUGUGAUUUUAUUGUUUUGUGCUGUUAAACAAAACAAUUUUGUCUCUCUCAAGAAUAUAAUCCUGUUGUUCAUGGAUUAUAAACUUCUCAAAAAGCUAAUGAAACAUCAGUUUAACACCAGUGUCAGUGCAUACAUCAUUGUUUUGAAGAGAAUGGUGAGUUAUUUUGGCAUUUUUUUUUGUUCAGCCUGAGAAUUUUGUAUGUCCAUUUGUAUUCAUGAUCCAAGAACUGUUUCCAAAUGUUUGUUCCACAGGGUUUGCGUUUUUCCUUAGGUUUUUCUUGUGAAAAUGUACCUUCAUUUUUACAUUUCCUAUAUAAAGAGUGUUUCUACAAAGUCUGCUGUACACUACAAGUAAAUUUUAAAUUAAAUUUAUCAUGUACAUCAGAGAUAAAAUUAAUCUAUGUUAAUAUUCAUUGUAUCCUGUACUGGAUAUAUAUGUGGGUAAGGUUUCAUUUAUUCUGAUGAUUGAUUUUUUAGGUUGAGUGCAAUGCACUUUUCCUACGAAUGUGUACUUGCAGGAAAAUGGUAGAAGAUUGUUUAAUAAGUAUAUCUUAAUUAUGUUAUAUGUAUGUCAUACAUUAGAGAUUUAUUGUUACAUCUGUCAAUGUUAUAAGAACAUAUCCACAUUAUUCUUCUUUCUCCUACAAAUCUAUAUUAUAUGAUGGGACUUCAAAAAGUGAGUUAUGUAUUAUUGUGGCAAACCAAGUAACUUUUAUUGAACGCUGCACUACACUUCAAAGUGACUCAAAUACAUGAUACAAUUUUCCAAUAUAGUCACCAAGUCUCUGAAAACAACAGUCAGCAGGUUCUACCGAUUGAUCUGUUCUCCAAUGAUAUAAAUUUGCUCCAUUGUCAUGGAACCAUUCGAUAAAUGCUGUAUCAACGUCCUCAUCAUCAGAAAAUGUGCGAUUCCUUUGAAUCAGUUCGUUGAUUAUCUGGAUAUUGGCGUUUGUGGUCAAUGUCGAUGGCAUUCCUCCCUAAGCAGCAUCACCAACAUCUGUAUGGCCUUCGUGAACCUGUUGGCAGCAUUUCAUUACAGCUUGCAGAAUUUCAGUCAGUCUGCAUGCAAUUUAGACAUUUUGUUCACAAGGAUCAUACUGUCCCACAUACUUCACCUUUGGAGCACAUUUCUAGUUGCUGUGCUGUUUCACACCUUCACUGUGGUGUGCCUGUUAACUGUAUUGCAAUGGAACUGUGUCAGUGGGAAAUUCAAAUGAUGAACACUCUUCUGCCAAUCCUUCACUCCUAUUGUGCAAUGGUAUUAGCGUUUGUAACAUACUUUUCUGAAGUCCCCAUGUAGAUCCAAGUUAUAUGAGCACAUGUUGCAUGUUUACAAAUAUUUUGCUGACUCAUACAUAUUAUUUUUAUAUAUUAAUGAAUAUAAAAAUAUUUUUAAUCUCUUUAUCAUUUCAUCUUUCAGCAUUUAAGAGCAUUAUUUGUGUACCUGUGAAACACUGUGCUGUGAAUAUAUGAUUUUUAAAUAAAUUAAAACCCCUCUUCUUAUAGUUUGUAUAGCAACAGUAUUAUAAUUAUGUCUGUUCUAAAACUUAUUUAAACAUGCAGUAGUUUUGAACAAGACCAAAAUUCAUUGUACAGUGAAUAAAGUUAUGUAAUAAAAGCACUUACUUUCACCUUUGAA